AUGGCAGUAAGUGCCUUCGGUGUCGGGAUAAAGACAGUUACUCUGGUGCUCAGUGUGGCGGCGGUGGUGACGGCGCGAGCGGCCCCUCAGGGAUAUGGAGUCCCAGGGACUGGCGGGUCCGGGGACCAGUACUCCUCUGCCCCAGCCAAUUACAACUUCCAGUGGGACGUUGACGACGCUGCCUCAGGCAACUUCUACGGCCACGGGGAACAAGCAACCAACGGCAACGUCCAGGGCAGUUACUACGUACAGCUGCCGGAUACGCGCCGCCAGCUGGUGGAGUACACCGCUGACGACUCCGGCUACCACCCCGUCGUCACCUACGAAGGUCAGGCCCAGUUUGGUGGCGGCGGAGGCGGCAAGGGGUCUUCUGGAUCAGGUGGAGGCUACUCCUACAGUGGUGGCAGCGGCGGCGGCAGCAGCGGUGGUGGCGGC